AUGGUGCGCGUCGCUUUCUUGGGCCCUUUUGGUACCUAUUCUCACCAAGCAGCUCUCCAGCAAUUCCCAUCUGAAAAUACUACAUUCAUCCCACAAAAUACCAUUUCUGACUGUUUUGCACAACUCUCAAGCGACGACUCUAUUGAAUAUGCAGUUGUCCCACUGGAGAACUCCACAAAUGGACAGGUAGUCUUUACUUAUGAUCUUUUGCGAGACGCUUUGGUUGAAAGCCAGGAUAGUGAAACUUCGCUGACAACUUCGAAUAUCGAAAUCGUUGCGGAACAAUAUGUAUCAAUUGAUCUUUGUCUCAUUGCGCCAGCUGAAAUUGAUCUUUUUUCGUCUGAUCGACCCAAGAUUGGGCGCGUUUACUCGCAUCCGCAGGUUUGGGGUCAAGCAGCCCAGUAUUUAAAGAAACUGGAGGAAAAAGUAGGCCCUUUGGACAAAGUCGAUGCUUCAUCGACGUCGGGAGCGCUGAAACUGUGCUGUGAUAGUUACAGAAACAAUACAGAAUUUAUGGAUUUGGCAAUCGCCGGGAGAGCCGCGGCUGCGGCCCAUGGCGGUAUCAUUAUCGAUGCUCCAAUAAAUGAUAAAAAGGGCAAUACUACGAGGUUUCUCGUCUUGGCUAGGAAAUCUCUCAACCGAGUACUUUUACAGCCUCUGCCACCUGUUGAUGGUGAGCAGCAGAAAAUCACACUUAUAGCUUUCACCGCUGAGCCAGACAAACCAGGCAGCUUGGUUGACGUUCUAACUGUUUUCAAAGAACACGGUUUGAAUAUGUGUUCAAUCGCGUCCAGGCCUUUCCACCCCCAGGUGAACAACGGCAAGACCACCCCCACGAACUCUCAGCAAGAGCUACAGCACAAAUGGCAGUACAUUUUUUUCGUCGAAAUCUGCGAUAGAGAAGAAAACGACUGGAAUUCGAUUUCUCGUUACAUUGCAGAGCUCACUUGCAGCUACCGUAUAUGGGGAACAUUCUACAGGAGUGGAGGUUACUACAAAUGA